UCUUCAAGCAGAUUAGAAGACCUCUCCCCAAUUUCCGUCAUCUGCUCCUGACCAGCAUAAUUGACUCAAAUAUUGUGCAACAGUAAGUCUGUUUUGGCUGUCAAUUAUUGCAUAGAGCAAUGAUUAAUAAACUAUUUAGUUAUCUAAAAUGUACCAUGCUGAGGCACCACCUGGCAAAAAUCACUCUCAGGUAUUGCUUAUAAGUACCUGUGUGAUAAACCGUAUAGGUUUUAAAAUAAUAAUAGAUGAAGGCAUGAAUCCAGCACUGGUGUCAAGACGCAACACAUGUAUGAAAUAAACACAGACAACAUCUCUCCACUAUAUGAGUUUAGAAACAAAAAUAAUUUAACCUUACAGUUAAAUACUUCAUUCAACAAACUCACUAAGCUAGUUACACACAGCUUAACUAUUGAGUAAAAGAUGAGAUAGAAUGAUGAAACUAACAAAGUACAAAAGGUUAAAAACUGCAAAAAUUUAAAAUGAAGAAUAAAAUAAAUAAAAGCAUGCAAUGAUCUUGCAGUUCAGUGUAUACUGUCAAUGCUUAGAAACCAGGUUUGUAGAGAAAUUUGAAAAUGAAGUGAAAUUAGUUUUCAACUAGAUUAGUUUAAACAUAAUAUUCUUGAAUUCCUCAUGCAGCAUUACCAGAAAUGUGUACAGCACAAAGCAUAAAGUAACCCACUUUUGUUAACUUUUGUUAAAUUUUGUUAGUGUGGCCGAAUUGUACCUAAAUUAAGAUUAGCUUAAACAACUGCCUCAACGGACCAGGAAGAAUACCAGUGUUAGAUGAUUGUCACUUACUAGGGCGUAACUACAGUAGGUCUCAGGUUUACUUAGAAACAAGCAGGAAACAUACUGUCUACUCAGGAUUUCAUGUGUAAAUCACUACAAAAAAUCAACUAAAUUUUGCUGCUGCUGCGCCAUUCGCAAGUUUUAUUUGAGAAGCGGUAGAAACCGAGUUUUCUUUGUGAUUGUCUGACGCAAAUAAGCACGGUGAUAAGCUGUAGAGCUUAUCAGACAAAUACGCUCUACAGACAGGUCAGACAGGUAGUGGAAUGUUAAGUUUCAAUUUUGGCUUCGCGAGAUCGCGCUUGUCUGGUGUAAGAUUUUCAUUUCUCUCUGCUUUAGUCUGGGACAUUUCAGCGAUCCGAAGCAGCUCACUGAAGCCUGUCGUGUUUUAUAUAACCGUGUUUGGACAGAAACUGGUGAUCCUGUGAUGGUAGACGGGAAGGCUUGGAACCGAGUUUGCUUCCACCUUUUGGUGUUUACAUUAUGUGGAGUCAUGGCUCACUGCCAGUCUCAAAGCAAAGGCUUUUCAAAGCAGCGGACUCUCUUUUUGGUUGGAAAAACUGGCUCUGGAAAGAGUGCAUCAGGAAACACCAUCUUGGGCCACUCUGUGUUUAGAGAAGACGCCUCGGCUGAGUCAGUGACAAAAACCUGUGAGAAACGAGAACGACUGGAAGGAGACAGGAACAUCGUGGUGAUCGACUCCCCUGGAAUAUUUGACACAGAUAAAACACAAGUACAACUCAAAGAAGACAUUGAGCAGUGUGUUAAGCUGUCAGUUCCUGGGCCUCAUGCUUUUCUGUUAGUGAUAAACGUAAAGUCAAGAUUCACAAAAGAGGAAAAGGACACUGUGAAGUGGAUCCAGGAUAACUUUGGCUCUGCUGCUGCUACUUACACCAUAGUCCUGUUCACUCAUGCUGACUUGUUGAGAGGUAAAUCUGUUGAGGACUAUGUGGCAGAAAGCAAACAACUACAAACUCUAAUACAGCAGUGUGGAGGAAGAUACCACUCGUUAAUCAAUGGGCAAAGUUCAGACAGAAAACAGGUAACAGAACUUCUGCAUAAAAUAGAUGAAAUGGUUCAAAUAAAUGGGGGAGACCAUUACACCAACAGUAUGUACUACAAGGCCCAGAGGGAACUGGAGGAGGAAGAGUUUAGAGCAUGCAGGCAGGAAUACGAAAGAACAAAAAAGACAGAGGGGAAAAGGUGUAAAUCUAAGUGUGAAGAAGAUAAACAGGAAGCAAGAAAGCAGAAGGAGAGAAAGGAAAAACUUCGUUUAUGGUGUAGAGUAUUAAAAAUGGUUUCCAAAGGAAUGAAGUCUGCUAAGCAUAACUACUUUACAGCAAUGGGAAAGGUUCUUGGUUUUGUCGUUGAAGACUGUGAACUUUUUGAGCAUGUGUUUCCUUAAAUCGGUGAGAAAUGUGACAAAAUGAACCAACAAAUCACAACCAUGAAUGGAUGAAUACAAUGGUGACAAUGUCUAAGUAUCGUCUAUAGAAAACAAAGACCCGGAAUCCAAUCUUGAUGUAUAUUGUCAAUCUCUGAAUAAUUUAGGUUUUGUAUUUUGGUUCUCUGAUUCUUCAUGUUUUGAUUGUUCUUUUUUUGGCAAUUGAACACUGUCUUCAUCGGCAUAACAGAGCUCUGCUCUUAUUUAUCCUGAUGCAACUCAUGCACAGUUUAUGCUUUCUGCAGACACUUAUUUACAUUUAAUGUGUCCAACAGCUUAGUAACAGGUCUGACAAAUGUCUGAUUGACGUAAUGAAAACUGUGUUGAUUUAUUGAUGUUUUAUUUAAAUCUAUCACUUUUUCAUCUGACAAGUCUAAUUGUAACCUUUUGCUAUUGCCUCCAUGAGUAAGACAGUAUCAAUGUCAAACUUAUUUCCAACAGCUCGUGCUGCACAAGGUGCCUCAGGGUGCAAUUAAGGAUAAGUAAAAUACAUGACAAUGAUACAAUCACAGAUCAAAAGAUAAAGAUAAAACAUUGCAUAUGUGAAACUGAGAAUUAUGUCUGUUUAACAAUUUCCAAACCUCAAAAUUAAAACUAAAAGUGUAAGUGACCAACAAAUGAAAAUAUGGCACUUUUCAGGACUGUAAUUAGGUGCAAAUAGUAAAAAUUGUGUAAGUACUCUUCAUAUUUACUUCACUUUAUCAUUUAAAGAUGAGGCUGUCAAGUGGUUUUAAUUUAACUUUCUGUUCAACAUAAUUUGCUUGCUAUCAGAAUGUUACUUAAAAAUGUGUCAAGAUUAAAGUUGCAAAAUUCGUUCUACUUCAAUUUUAUUCUUUGUUUUGUUUGAAGGCUUUGUUUCUUUUACAUUUUAUGCGUUUAAUCAGAAUGUUGCAUGGGAUGGCUGCUAUGUUUUGAAAAGUUUGAAAUGAUUUGUAUAAUUUUGCUGGAUUUGGUGUAAUACAAACCUCUGUUUAAAUAAACGCUUAAAGAAACACG